CUUCACUUAGUGUUUAAAUUCACAUGAAGCUAGAUUUAAAAUUUUCAUUCAUAUCACCAUUUUCUCCUUACUGUUAAGCUAGAUAACCAAUAAACAUGUCAUGGUCAACCUCUUUCCCUCCUCAUCACCAAAAGCAUGGUCAAGUGUUCCUCAGCUUUAGAGGUGAGGACACACGCUACACCUUCACUAGCCAUCUUCACGCCACUUUGACCAGACUUAAGGUCGGAACAUAUAUAGAUUACAAUCUUCAAAGAGGGGAUGAGAUAUCGUCCACACUUCUUAUGGCCAUUGAGGAGGCAAAGGUUUCCAUUGUUAUAUUUUCAAAAAACUACGGAAACUCUAAGUGGUGUUUGGAUGAGCUCGUGAAAAUACUGGAAUGUAAGAAGAUGAAGGGGCAAAUUCUUUUGCCGAUUUUCUAUGAUAUAGAUCCAUCUCAUGUGCGCAACCAAACAGGAAGUUAUGCUGAAGCUUUUGUUAAACAUGAGAAACAAUUUCAGGGAAAACUGGAGAAGGUUCAAACAUGGAGACAUGCUUUAAGAGAAGCAGCCAAUAUUUCUGGUUGGGAAUGCUCAGUUAACAGGAUGGAAUCUGAACUUCUUGAGAAAAUUGCAAAGGAUGUAAUAGAAAAACUAAAUCGAGUAAAUGAUGGUGACCUAGAUCGUAAGAUUGAGAAGAUCAUGAAUCUUGCUAAACUCUAAUAUCAAUUCUUUCAAAGCAUUUAUAGCCUUGAAAAUUUGAACAAGUAUCAAGCAACUAUUCAACGUAAUGCAGAAUGCAAAUGGAGAGAAGUAUUUCUUUACUUCGCUGCUUUCACAUUGGGAGAACUAAUCGUAGAAUGAUAAUGAUUUUCCAUUUUAAUGUACCAGUCAUUAAAGUAAAUCGAUUGUUGUUAUUAUGUUUAUGAAGUUUGAAUUUUCCAGAUUAUUAUUAAUAUCCUACUUCACUUUAA